AGAUGGAAAAGAAACCAAUGACGAUGGAAGUGGACGAGGAGAUAAAAGUUCCAAUAAUGGACCAGUCUGAGUUCCUUAAAGAUAAUACGCGAAACUGUCUCAUACAAUCAACAAUUGCUGAUAUUCUGAAAACAGAACCGUGUUGGCUGGGCAUAGAUGAAGCUGGAAGGGGACCCGUUUUAGGUCCCAUGGUAUAUGGUACUUGCUUCAGUCCUAUCAAUAAAGGUGACAUUCUUAAAGAAAUGGGAUUUGCAGAUUCCAAGACUCUGAAUGAGGAGCAGAGAGAUGGUUUGUUUGAGAAGAUCAAAAAUGCCACUGAUGUCAUGGGCUGGAUGGUGGAUAUUUUGUCCCCAGCAUUUAUCUCCAACAGUAUGUUACGUAGAAUAAAGUAUAACCUGAAUGCACUUUCACAUGACACCGCUAUUGGGUUGAUCCGCAAAGUUUUGUCUCAUGGUGUUAAUGUUACUGAGAUUUAUGUAGACACUGUGGGUGAUCCAGCUAAAUAUCAGGCCAAGCUGAAGGAGUUGUUCCCUGACAUUGAUGUGACUGUGGCCAAGAAAGCCGACUCUACCUACCCCAUUGUCAGUGCUGCUAGUAUCUGUGCUAAGGUAGCUCGGGACCAGGCUGUGAAAAGCUGGCAAUUCUCUGAGGGAAUUAAAACAGAAGACAAUAACUAUGGGUCGGGUUACCCCUCUGAUCCUGCCACUAAGAAGUUCAUGUCAAUAAAUUUGGACCGAGUGUUUGGCUUUCCUCAAUUCGUUCGCUUUAGCUGGUCUACAGCGUCUCAGAUCAUGGAGGAUAAGGGUGUACCGGUACUCUGGGAAGAUGAUGACGAAGAUGAGAACACCGAGUCCAAAGGCAUGCAAUCAUUGUUCAGCUUGUUUGGAAAGAAAGAAGAGGACCCGAAACUGUCUACUCAUUCUUUUUUCAAAGAACGCUCACUUCAAAGAGUUCAGUGUUUGUAGUAGAAGCCACAUGGUACCUGUAAAUAUCAUACCAAUAAAGAUAGUU